AUGGCUGCCCUUGGCGAGGACCUCCUCGGUAUUGUCAACAAACUUCAGGAUCUCGUGUUCAAUACAAUUGGUAGUGAUUCUUUGGAUCUUCCUCAAAUUGUUGUUGUUGGUUCUCAAUCAGCGGGCAAGUCCUCUGUUCUUGAAAACAUUGUGGGUCGUGAUUUCCUGCCCCGAGGCAGUGGCAUCGUAACCCGACGGCCACUUAUUCUCCAACUUAUCAACGUUCCGGAAGACGAGUCUCGCCUCGAUGUUGUCGAAGAUCCCUAUCGCUCUCCCUCAGCAGCGCGUCGCUCUGAGUGGGCCGAGUUCCAUCAUAUCCCAAAUCGAAGAUUUACAGAUUUUGCAGAUGUAAAACGCGAGAUCGAAAAUGAAACAUCCCGCAUUGCUGGCACGAAUAAGGGCAUCAAUAGACAGCCAAUCAACUUAAAGAUAUACUCUCCUCAUGUUCUUAACCUGACAUUGGUGGACUUGCCGGGCCUAACGAAGAUAAAGCUACUCGAGAUCCCUAGCCAGCGCUGCGUAGAACUGGUGUACGAGGAGCUAAUUAAAAUCUGCCACACCUGUGGCUCAACCGAACUGUCCCGAUUUCCUCGACUUCAGGCGAAACUUAUCGAGGUUGUCUCGGAUCUCCUCCGCGAGAGGCUUGGGCCAGCAUCCUCUUACGUAGAAUCCCUCAUUGCAAUACAGCGCGCAUAUAUUAACACCAACCAUCCCAACUUCUUAGGGGCUGCGGCUGCCAUGGGCCAAGUGGUGACGAGCAGACAGGAGAAGGAACGAAAACGGCUGAUACAGGAAGAACGGGAGCGCCGUGAAAGGAGGCGACUCAAGGAGCUCGGUGCAAAUGGAGCCGAUACACCAGAAGAUGAAGAAGACCUUGCCGUUGUUGACCGAACCGAUGUUGCGAACUUGAAAAAGGCGCAGGUCAAGGGUUUGAGGAGCAUGUCGCCCAGUAUUCGUGAUAAUUCAGGAAUCACCGGCAUGGUCUCGACUACAAAUGGACACCGGUCAGCGUCCCCUUCAAGGUUUGGCAACCCGGGCCUUGGCAACACCCGAGACUCCUUUUGA